UAUCCGUACAUUUAUAGCUAGCUAGCUAAGAUUGUCACGGGAAUCUGAUAAAUGUACAGUCAAUAACUACGGUGGUCUAAACGAUUGUUUUUCUGUACAAAUUUAUUUUACAAUAAAAAAGCAAAAUGCUCUCACGGCUUUUAAAAGAACACCAAGCAAAACAAAACGAAAGAAAAGAGCUUCAAGAGAGACGUCGUCGUGAAGCUAUAGUGGCAGCCACUUGUUUAACGGAGGCAUUAGUGGAUCACCUAAAUGUGGGUGUGGCCCAGGCCUAUGUUAAUCAACGCAAGCUGGACCAUGAAGUAAAGACUUUGCAGGUGCAAGCUGGUCAAUUUGCCAAGCAGACAGCUCAGUGGAUCAACAUGGUGGAGGGCUUCAACCAGGCCUUAAAGGAAAUCGGGGAUGUGGAAAACUGGGCACGCAGCAUUGAGAUGGACAUGCGGACGAUUGCCACAGCGCUGGAGUACGUGCACAAAGGGCAGUUGCAGGCUACCUCCUCCUAGACGGGAUUUUCACUCGCACGGCAGAGCAAAUCUGCCCCAGCAACGCAGCCAGUCGAGGACAUCGUGCCUCCUAGCCCUUCCACCUGCUGAAGUCGUAGAUGGAAAGUCGUGAAGACAUGAGAUGGACUACUAGCUCAUUUAUUAUCAUUGUCAGAUGCAGCAACCAAAUGUUAUCUUCAUCUUCAGCAUAUCUUUAACUUUGAAACCCAUAAAGGAUGCCAUGAGGGUGGGCUUUGGGAGGGGUCUUGCUAAAUUAUGUUGAUGUGUUUCGUCUGGAAACUUCAUUUUAGCCAUGUGACCACGGUGCUGCUUAGUUUUUGUGCUAAAAAGAUACAUAAGAAAUGUCUAAAAUACUGAGUAGUUUUAUUGUUCACUAUAAUAAACCCUGUUUUUUAUAAUGUAA